UGAGGCUGUCUUUGCUCUCCCGACUGUGGGUGGGGUGGAGUUCACAGUGCUGGGCGAGGUGACGAGGGGAUCCCCAUUGCCCCCCUUUCCUUUCCACACAUACGUGGUUCUUGGGGGACACCUGGAGACCUGAUGAUUGGAGCAAGAGACGGGGAUUCUUUGUUCCGGACUUGAUUGCCCGUCAGGUUCUCCAGCCCUUAGGUGCUUCCUCUGGGUGUGGAGGAAGGAGUUGUGCAGACCAGGAGGAUCAGAGUUGCUAAGAUGUGCCCACAUCGAGGAGUCUUUCUGCCACAGGACACUUGGCAUGGUCAAGGAAACCUAGCCUGAAUCAGGGUGACAGUAGAGAUGAGGGGUUCCUGCAUGAGCCAGAGGCAGCUGGGAGCUGAGAACAAGAGGAAAGGUCUCGGGACCUGGAGCACAGCUGAGCCUUGUUCCUGCUGUGUCAUCUGAUUCACAGUUCCCAUAUUCCCCGACUUUUUUCUUGGCGGGCCAUGGCCCAGAAGCUGUGGACAACCCGGCUGCUAAGGCAUCGGAAAACCCAACUCCUGCUGGUCAAUCUGCUGACCUUUGGCUUAGAAGUCUGCCUGGCCGCAGGGAUCACCUAUGUGCCACCCUUGCUACUAGAAGUUGGGGUGGAAGAGAAGUUUAUGACAAUGGUCCUGGGCAUUGGCCCUGUCCUGGGCCUGGUAUCUGUCCCCUUCCUGGGCUCAGCCAGUGAUCAAUGGCGUGGGCGGUAUGGACGCCGCCGCCCCUUCAUUUGGGCCCUGUCCCUGGGUGUGCUGUUGAGUCUCUUUCUCAUUCCUCGAGCGAGUCGCCUGGCCGGGCUGGUGUACCCAGAUGCUCGGCCCCUGGAGCUGGCGCUGCUGAUCCUGGGUGUGGGGCUGCUGGACUUCUGUGGCCAGGUGUGCUUCACCCCACUGGAGGCUUUACUCUCUGACCUUUUCCGGGACCCAGACCAUUGCCGUCAGGCUUUCUCGGUGUACGCCUUCAUGAUCAGUUUGGGAGGCUGCCUGGGAUACCUGCUGCCAGCCAUUGACUGGGACGCCAGCGCCCUGGCCCCUUAUCUGGGCACCCAGGAGGAGUGUCUCUUUGGCCUGCUCACCCUCAUCUUCCUUACCUGCAUGGCAGCCACACUGCUAGUGGCCGAGGAGGCAGCCCUGGGCUCGUCGGAUCCCCCCGAGGGGCUCCCGGUCCUCACUGCGCCUUCUCGCUGCUGCCCAUGCCGGGCCCGCCUCGCAUUCCGGAACCUGGCCACCCUGCUGCCCCGUCUCCACAGGCUCUGCUGCCGAGUGCCCCGAGCCUUGCGUCGGCUCUUUGUGGCCGAGCUGUGCAGCUGGAUGGCGCUCAUGACUUUCACCCUCUUCUACACUGAUUUUGUAGGUGAAGGGCUAUAUCAGGGUGUGCCCAGGGCUGAACCUGGCACCGAUGCCCGGCGACACUAUGACGAAGGUGUGCGCAUGGGCAGCCUGGGGCUCUUCCUGCAGUGUAUGAUCUCCUUGCUCUUUUCACUGGGCAUGGACCGGCUGGUGCAUCGCUUUGGCACCCGGGCGGUGUACCUGGCCAGCGUGUUCGCCUUCCCAGUGGCUGCUGGUGUGACGUGCCUGUCCCGGAGCGUGCCUGUGGUCACUGCUUCAGCUGCCCUUACAGGCUUCACAUUCUCUGCCCUGCAGAUACUGCCUUACACCUUGGCCUCGCUCUACCACCGUGAGAAGCAGGUAUUCCUGCCCAAAUACAGAGGGGACACUGGCAGCAACAGCAGUGGCGACAGCCUGACCACCAGCUUCUUGGCCGGCCCCAAAGCCGGGGGACCUUUUCCUAAUGGACACUCAGGGGCUGCGGGCACCGGCCUCUUUCCUCCCUCACCCCCGCUGUGUGGGGCCUCCCCUUGUGAUGUGUCGGUGAGGAUGGUAGUCGGGGAAGCAGCCGAGCCCGUGGGCCCGGGCCGGGGCAUCUGUCUGGACUUGGCCAUCCUGGACAGUGCCUUCCUUCUCUCCCAAGUGGCACCAUCUUUAUUCAUGGGUUCCAUUGUCCAACUGAGCCAGUCGGUCACGGCCUACAUGGUGUCCGCAGCAGGCCUUGGGGUGAUAGCCAUCUAUUUUGCCACUCAGGUGGUGUUUGACAAAAGUGACUUGGCUAAGUGUUCCAUCUAGGUGUCUCCUGACCCCUGGGAGACGGGCCAGAGCAAGAGCCUGCCCCUCCUCCCCCUCCUUUUAUAGCUUUCUCCUUCCCUCCAUUUCCCUGUCUGUCCUCUCCAUUCUCACUUUGUCCGAGACUUGGCUUGGGAGCUGCUGAGAAUCACAGCUCAGCCCCCCUCCCAGGGUUUCCUCCUCCCCUUCCCACUUGGAGUCUGUGGUUCCCAAAAUCUCAUCCCUAUCCUUGCCACAGUGGGGUGAGGCAGCUCUUUACUGCCCCCCGGUGGUUGUGAAGCGCUUAGCUGAAGAGAUGAUUGAUGAGCCGGUGCCUAGGGGAUUGUAUUGCACCCUCCCUCUCUUCAUUCCCUUGCAGACUUUAGGGGUCAUCAAAGCAGAGGAGCAGCAGAGCCCCAGGGCAGCUGUGGGUGGCCUAAUAAGCCUCAAGUUCUGGCUUCUGGCUGUGGGGCUGGGGUACACAGUGGGAGGAGGUACUCACUGGGGGCUUCAUGUUAACUCUAUGGGAAACACUUGAGUCUGUAGGACCUUCCCUCCAGUCAGGACAGAUGGGAAAAGGGGAUUCUUUGGGGGUGGGGGGCAGAGGCCAGCUCCCCUCUGCCCACCCCAGCCCCUCCCCGCGAAGCUCUAAUACCUCUUCUCUGCACUUGGAGAUUUCUCCCGAGCCUGCUGCUCCCCAGCAAGUUAUAGCCUGAAACUCUCCCCGACCUCCACCCCAGGAUUGGAAAAUGAAACAAAAUCCCUUUUUAUGAGACUUUUGCCCAAACCCUAGUGCUGUCCUUUUCUGCUGCUUCCUCGACCCUCACCCUGUAUCUGAUCAAUGCCUGGAAACUCUUCCCCAUUCAACUGGACAGGUCUUGGGUUUCUGUAUUUAACACCAGCACUGUUUAAACAUUUAACUUAUUUAAUUACCAGAGUAGGAGGCUGUUGCUAACUCUCUGCCCAGUGGGCUUAGGAUACUAGAUCUUUCAGGGCCUGGUCCCCUGUUGGUUGAGCCAAACCUGUCAUCUCCAGCUUCUAGAAACUAAAUAAUAAGGAUGUCUAUGACUUAGCCAGUUGUCAGAGGCUAAAAAAAUGUCUCACAAAAUGGUUCCCACAGUGCCUUGGCUUACCUGUCCCUUUCGGUUUUCCUCCAUGCAGCAUCCCCCUCUGCUCCUCUCCCUAGCAUCCCUUCUCAAUAGCUCCACUGCCUUGGUUCUAUCUCUACCCUGUGAGCUUGAGGUCUGUUUUCCUUGGUACUGGGACCCCUUCCCCUGCCCCUUGCUGUGUUGUCCCUAGGCCUCUUGCCUAUCUCAGACCCUAAAGGCAUGCACUGUGCCAUGGGGAACACAGGAUCUCAGGAGCACCCCUGUCUGGGCCAGGAGGUCUUACCUCAGGGGUGUAAAUGCUGUUUGCAAUAAUGUUUUAUGUCUUAUUUAUUUAGCUAAGUGAAUAUUUUGUACAGUGUGCAAGCAAUCAGAGUAUAAAGUUUAUUAAGAUGAAAUAAAGAAGCUUCCUAUAUAUUUAA